AUGUCCGUCGUCGAGAAGGGCAAGGGCUACUACAUCAACUACAAGCGCAUCGAGGACAACCUCAAGGUCGUUCGUCAGCGUCUCAACCGACCUCUCUCGCUCGCCGAGAAGAUCGUCUACGGUCACUUGGACAACCCCCACGAGCAGGAAAUCUCGCGUGGUAACUCUUACCUCAAGCUCCGCCCCGAUCGCGUUGCUUGCCAGGAUGCUACCGCCCAGAUGGCCCUCCUCCAGUUCAUGUCUGCUGGUCUCCCCACCGUCGCUGUCCCUACCACCGUCCACUGCGACCACCUUAUCGAGGCCCAGGUCGGCGGUGCCAAGGAUUUGGCUCGUGCCAUCGACAUCAACAAGGAGGUCUACGACUUCCUUGCCACUGCCACAGCUAAGUACGGCAUCGGCUUCUGGAAGCCCGGUUCCGGUAUCAUCCACCAGAUCAUCCUCGAGAACUACGCUUUCCCCGGUGGUCUCAUGAUCGGUACCGACUCGCACACCCCCAACGCCGGUGGUCUCGGUAUGAUCGCCUGUGGUGUCGGUGGUGCCGACGCCGUCGACGUCAUGGCCGACAUUCCCUGGGAGCUCAAGGCCCCCAAGGUCAUCGGUGUCGAGCUCAAGGGCAAGAUGUCCGGCUGGACCACCCCCAAGGAUGUCAUCCUCAAGGUCGCUGGUGAGCUCACUGUCAAGGGCGGUACCGGUGCCAUCAUCGAGUACAAGGGUCCUGGUGUCGAGUCGCUCUCGUGCACUGGUAUGGCCACCGUCUGCAACAUGGGUGCCGAGAUUGGUGCCACCACCUCCGUCUUCCCGUACAACGAGCGCAUGGGUGACUACCUCCGCGCCACCAACCGUUCCGAGAUCGCCGACCUCGCCAAGGGCUUCCAGCGCAACCUCCUCCCCGACUCGGGCGCCGAGUACGACUCGCACAUCGAGAUCGACCUCGACAACCUCGAGCCCCACAUCAACGGUCCCUUCACCCCCGAUCUUGCCACCCCUCUGUCCAAGUUUGCCGAGGAGGUCAAGAAGAACGACUGGCCCGAGGAGCUCAAGGUUUCGCUCAUUGGCUCGUGCACGAACUCUUCGUAUGAGGACAUGAGCCGAUCUGCCUCGAUCGCUGAGGAGGCUGCCGCACACGGCCUCAAGGUCAAGGCACAGUUCACCAUCACCCCCGGUUCCGAGCAGAUCCGCGCCACCAUCGAGCGUGACGGCCAGAUGGAGUCUCUCGAGAAGGCCGGAGGUAUGGUUCUCGCCAACGCCUGUGGUCCUUGCAUUGGUCAGUGGGACCGAAAGGACGUCAAGAAGGGUGAGAAGAACUCGAUCAUCACCUCGUACAACCGUAACUUCACCGGCCGUAACGACGCCAACCCUGCCACUCACGCUUUCGUCGCUUCGCCCGAUCUCGUCACCGCCAUGGCCUUUGCCGGUCGCCUCACCUUCAACCCCAUGACCGACAGCCUCAAGGGUGCUGACGGCAAGGAGUUCAAGUUCUCGGCUCCCAGCGGCAAGGAGCUGCCUCCCCGCGGCUACGACCCCGGUCAGAACACCUACCAGGACCCUCCCAAGGACCGCUCGUCGGUCCAGGUCGCCGUCGACCCCAAGUCGGACCGUCUGCAGAAGCUCGAGCCCUUCAAGCCCUGGAACGGCAAGAACCCCACCGACUGCCCCGUCCUCAUCAAGGCUCAGGGCAAGUGCACCACCGACCACAUCUCGGCCGGUGGCCCAUGGCUCAAGUACCGUGGCCACCUCGAGAACAUCUCGAACAACUGUCUCAUCGGUGCCAUCAACGCUGCCAACGGCAAGGCCAACGAGGUCCAGAACGUCUUCUCUGGCGAGUGGGGCCCGGUCCCUGCCACCGCCAUCCAGUACCGUGAGGCUGGCAAGCCUUGGGUCGUGAUCGGUGACGAGAACUACGGUGAGGGUUCGUCGCGAGAGCACGCCGCUCUUGAGCCCCGUUUCCUCGGUGGUUGCGCCGUCAUUGUCCGUUCGUUCGCCCGUAUCCACGAGACCAACUUGAAAAAGCAGGGUAUGCUCCCGCUCAAGUUCACCAACCCCGCCGACUACGACAAGGUUCGCCCCGAUGACUUGGUCGACCUCGAAGGUGUCACUGAGCUCGCUCCCGGCUCCCAGGUGACGCUCGUCGCCAAGCACAAGGACGGCUCCAAGGACGAGAUCCCCCUCGAGCACUCGUUCAACGACAACCAGAUCACGUGGUUCAAGCACGGCUCGGCUCUCAACAAGAUGGCCGCUGCCGCCAAGUCUGCUUAA